AUGAAAACUAUACUUGACAAUCACUUCUUUGAUGAAACUGAAAAAUUUUUUGAAGCGAUAGAGCCUUAUCUUAUUUCUCUUGAAAAUAAAGAGAAAACACAGCCUACUACAAUAGAAGAAGAAGACACUUAUAAAAGAAUUGAUAACAAGAGAAAAGAGUUCAAUGAACUAACAAAAGAAAUACAACACACGACAGAAUUUAUAUCAUUUUGUGAUUACCUUAGUGAUAAAUUAAAGUGGUACGUUGAAAAUCAAUUGACGAAAGCUAAAGAAAUAAGAAAAGAUAUUGUAAAUGAUAUCAAAACUUCAUCUACCAAAGACAAAACAGUUAACUCUAAAGAGCUUUCAAAAUUAUGUCCUAAUACUGAUCUCAAUAAAAUAAUUCCAUGGAAAACUAAAUCAAGCACUCAAACUAAAAUAAAAAAAACAAAGCAAAAUGAUAGAACUAUUGAUGAUAAAGAAAUUGCAUUAUUGCAAAGUGAUUGCCUUAAAAAAUGGACUGGAAAAAAGCAAUGUAAAGAAAUUUAUAACUCAGAAAAAUUAAAGUUUGAUGGUAAAGAAAUGAAUGAAAAAAUUAAAGGUAAAAAAAAUUUAGCAUUUAUUAUAAUGAAUGAAAGUGAUAUGUUUGGUUGUUAUUUAGAAGAUAAAGUUGAGUUUGAUCAUUGGAUUUAUGACGAACACCAUUUUGCAUUUAGUUUUGCACAUAGUGGUGAAUUAAAUAGUGUUUGUGUUUAUCCUAAACAGAAAGUAGGAAUGAAGUUAAAUAGCAACAAUUCUAACAUCCUAUUUUCAUUUGGAAAUGAAGAAAAUGGAAGUGUUAUAGUUAGUACAUUAAAAGGAUAUGGGGAAACCAAAACUAUUAAAGAGUCUUAUGAAUUUAAAAAUACAAUUGAUAUAUUUGAUUCUAAAUUUAAAGUAGAACAAAUUAUUAUCUAUGAAUUAUUAGACUAA